AUGGACCAACAGCCACAGCACUUCAGAAACCAGUCGGCUACAGAUCCUCGCAUUGCUGCCCUUGCCUCAAACCCCAAUGAUCCGCCAACUAUCGUCCUCCUAGAUCCAGCAACCCCUCCCACCCAGUCAGCCGCUGCUGCUGGUGCAUCCCUCUCGACCUCAUCCAACAUCGCAACCGCCACAGCAACUGCUCGCCCAUCACUGUCCUUUGCUGGAUCGGGCUUUUUUGCCGCAACUCAGGAUCCUGUCAGGCACCUUGAACAGCAGCUGCCCCUCGAGACCCCUUUCUUCACCCCUCAGGCCGUCUGGACAGAGUCAGCUCGAUCCGACUACUUCUCAACCGCAGCCUCGACCCCUGCUCCUAUGCCCACCCACCUCACUAGCCCCCUCUCCGCCACCCACCGGUCCCAGACCAACCUCUUUGCCAGCAGCUUCAAUGUCCCCGCCCAGACCCCAGCAGCCGUCGAUAUCUCGAGCUUCUCGGCCUCGUCGCCGUCCUAUUUCCCCUCUUCAUCCAAUCCAUCCUCAACGGCCCUCGAUCAGGACGGCCAGGCGGGCUUCCAGAUCUCAAUGCCAUCUACGUCACAUUCCCGCCCCACCUCCAUGGGUGGUGCCUUGAAUGGAUCUUGGGAGCCAUAUCCUUCCUCGAGACCGUCCUCCAUGAGUGGAUCGUCUAUCAGUAUACCCUCACACAACAGACCCAACAUGUCCAUCUCUAUGCCUCUUUCCUCGCUCAUGUCUCCUCCCAGCUCCACAUCUUCUCCAUCCCGCCCCACAAUGUCCUCUUUGUCGCAAUCACAUCAUUCCCCCGUGGCUCCUGCAGCUCCCGCGGAGCUCAAUCUGAAAGAGAUGACGGGUGAGACCGUUUCGCAGUUGUUAGAGAAGGUCUUGAUGACGAGUGGCGGCGACAAGAACGCCGUCAUGCUCCUCGAUAUGCGAUCCUCGGUCUCCCAUGCCAUCUCAUCUAUUCAGACCGCCGUCAGUGUCUGUAUCCCCAACAUGCUCCUCAAGCGGCCCAAGACCUCACUCCAGAUGGUCACUGAACAAUUAACGACUGAACAGGACAUUGAAACCUUCUCGAAAUGGAAGCAGUUUGCCAACAUUGUUCUCUUUGAUGCUUCUGGAGCAGUGCCAGUGGUCGGAUCGCCAAUCAUCCUGAUGGUACAAAAAUUCCGCAAGGAGGGCUGCAACGCUACUCUGGCCUAUCUCAAUGGCGGAUUCAAUGAGUUCAUGGUACGACACAACAAUCUUUGCCGAACAGAGACCAAGCCAGCCUCGACUGGAUCUGACGCAGGCUUUGUACUACCAGGGAUGUCAUUGAGCGGAAGGGGUCCCUCCUCAGCGCCAGUCUCGACCAACCCCAUGUCCAUUGUCUCGCCUCCACGACAGCGCCUUCAUUUGGGCUCUCUUCCAUCAAUGAUGACGCAGCCUGCUGCAGGGCCACUUGGUUUUCAGACCCCCAUGAUCGAAAAUCCAAACGUCAACCCAUUGUUUGAGAGCGUCCGCCAGGCUAUGGGACUGAGCACCAACAUCACCGAGGAGAUUCCAGUGCGACUUCCAAUGGGAUUCACGUUCGACACUAUGAGGGAACACUUGCCAACGUGGCUCCUCUCGGCCAUCACCGAUGCCUCUGGCAAAGCCAGGCUUGCCGAGUACUUUCAGAAAGUGGAGAUUAAUGAGAACAAGCGACUGGCAUUGCUGAUGUUGCCCCAGAACAUGCGAUCAGGCAGGACAACCCACUUUAGCAUUGGAGCAGGAAUCGAACAGGGACUCAAGAAUCGAUACAACAACAUCUGGCCAUACGAUCACUCCCGUGUCAAGUUGACCGAGAUCGACGCUGGACACGAUGACUAUAUCAAUGCUUCGUUUUUGACACCUCCUCUGAGUCGGAAGAGCUACAUCGCCACUCAGGGGCCAAUGCCGUCGACAUUUCAGGAUUUCUGGAAGACGGCGUGGGAGCAGAAUUCCCGUGUGGUGGUGAUGUUGACGCGGGAGCAAGAGAUGGGCAGGAUCAAGUGUCACCAGUACUGGCCAAGCUCCCAAUACCCUCUCAUGGAAGUCGGCUCGAUGCGCGUCUCCUUUGUCAACGAGUUCUUGCCCGACGCUUCCAUCGGCACGAUCCUUGUCCGACAGAUGAAACUCCAGCACAUCCGCCGACCUGACGAGCCAGCACGGAGUAUAACUCAGAUCCAGUACACGGGCUGGCCAGACUUUGGAGUGCCUGAGACGCCACUGGAGGUCCUGCGGGUGAUCCAGUUGGCGAACGAACACAAUGUGCCAGCAUCGGCAGGUCCUAUGAUUGUGCACUGUUCUGCGGGCUGUGGAAGGACAGGCGCCUUCUGCGUGAUUGAUUCAAUUUUGACGGAGCUCCAUGAACGCCCGGAGGUUGUCUUGCAACGGUCUGAAGCAGACGCCGCUGCAGGAAGGUGGCUUUCGCUCUCGACUCGGCCUUCGCUCGAGUUUUCGCGUUCUGGAAACGACCGGGUGGUGAACGCCAUGAACAGUUCCAGGUCACUUUUGCCGGGAUCUUCAGGACUUGCAGGUCCUAGUAGUGGAGGAGGAGUUAUCGCUGGUACCGGUACUGGACCUGCAGUGGAUGACCCUAUGGCGGAUAUUGUUUAUGCGAGCGUGAGCACGUUCCGUGAGCAGCGUAUCUCGAUGGUGCAAACACUGCGUCAGUAUGUGUUUUGUUACGAGGCCAUCUAUUGGCAUCUGGCGCUCGAGUUUACAAAGGAGCGGCCGGACUUGGGAUUGAUGGUGACUCCUCCUCCUUCAUUGGCUGUGCAUACCCCUUUGUUGCCCAUGCCACCAAACACCAUGACCUCCAACCCUGCGCUUUCGAUGGGCAAUGCGCCUAUUACUACGACGUCGGAAGAGUUUUCGUUCUUUGGAUGA